AGGUGCCGAAGAAUGUGACGAUGAUGAGAGUGGAGAGCCAUUUAUUCUUUGCUUCUUCGCUUCAUCCGAAGCUUACAAGUUCUUGUAUUAGAGGACACCAACACACCAACUCGUCGAUCGUUGACCAUGAGGCUCUCCCUGGCGGUGGCGGGAAUCUGCAUGGCUGCCACAGAAGUACAGGCAUUCCAAAUUUUCCAUGAAAGACUGUCAAGAGGGCGGACUAUUACUCGCUCGGCGUCGGUCGAAAAGGAAGCUGCCUCGUCUACCCCCGACCUGCCUGACUAUGGCAAGACAUCGGUGGAGGUUGACAAGAUUCGUCUCACCCGUGCCAAGCCGUGGCGUCGAGAGGAUCUCUUUGGUAACACACUGAUCGAUCAAACCAUGGAUGAGCUCCAGAAUGACGCGGAGUUUCAAGAUACCGAACAGCGAUUAAAGAGUGUCGGAGCGGCUCAAAUGAGCAAAGAAGAACGGCUCAAGCGACGACGUGCCUUGGAUGAUUUGGGCAUUCCUAGUUUUGAAGACUUUUUGCAGACGCAGCUUCAAUCAACCGACAAGGUUACCUUGACGCGGAAAAAGGCGCCGACAGUGUUGCAAAUCAAUAUUGGCUUGUAUUGCAAUCAAGCGUGUGCUCAUUGUCACGUGGAGAGUUCCCCCUUGCGUACAGAAGAGCAAAUGGCAAAUGAUGUGGUGCUACAGUGCUUGGAACUAUUAAAGGCGUCUCCUUCCAUUCAAACUUUGGAUAUCACUGGUGGUGCUCCCGAAUUGAAUCAAUCCUUUCGAUAUUUGGUGACCAUGGCACGUGAUUUACGACCCGACUUGGAGAUUAUUGACCGCUGCAACUUGACGGUCUUGCAGGAACCGGGGCAAGACGACCUUGUCGACUUUCUCAAGGAGAACAAUGUUCGCAUCGUAGCUAGUCUUCCCUGUUACAGUGCCGAAAAUGUCAACAAACAACGAGGUAAUGGAGUCUUUGAAAGGAGCAUUGCAGCUCUCUUGGCCCUAAAUGAUGCCGGAUAUGGUCGUCCCGAUUCGGGGUCGCCGCCUUUGGACCUAGUCUACAAUCCACUUGGGGCAUUCCUACCACCCGAACAAGUCAAGUUGGAAGCCAAAUACAAGGAAGAGUUGGAUGAAAACUUUGGCAUUCUCUUUAAUUCACUCUUCACCAUGACCAAUAUGCCCAUCAAACGCUUUGCCGACUUUUUGUAUCGUCGAGGAGAGUUGAAAGAUUACAUGGACUUGCUCCAGCGCAACUUUAACAAGGAUACCAUGAAGUCUCUCAUGUGCUUUGACACGGUGAGUAUUGGAUACGAUGGCAAGAUCUUCGACUGUGACUUUAAUCAACAGUUGGGUUAUGGAGUUGGAGUGGAUGAGAUCCACCAAGGGGGGUUGUCUGUCUUUGAUGUGGAUUCAUUUGAAAGCCUGCAAGAUCAAGCGAUCCGAACAGACAACCAUUGCUUUGGCUGCACCGCCGGAAUGGGAUCCAGCUGACAAGGGACCACAGCAUAGAGAUCUUUUUGGUUUCCGUGCUGUGGAUAGAUCCCGCCCCUGGUACCUUCUUUGUUUGAUGAUGGUCUUUUGCGAAUGACUUUUUGUCAGAAGCAGCAUUCACACGUAGUGCUUCUGACAGUGAUGACAGCAAAUUGAAGUAACAACAUCAGCUUAUUAGUAGGCAAUCCUUCACUUUUUCUUGUC